AUGGCAUCUUGGACUUUGACCAAAGAGGUGUCUUUGGAGGUGAUAGAGCUGAAGGAGAAAGUAGCCCAGUUCCCUCCUUCCCCAUUCCAGAAUUUAGAAGUUGUCACAACUCUGGGUGUUGGUGGGUUCGGAAGGGUUGAGCUUGUUAAAGUGAAAAAUGAGAACAUGGCUUUUGCUAUGAAGUGUAUAAAGAAGAGACACGUAGUGGACACCAAACAACAAGAGCAUAUCUAUUCUGAGAAGAAAAUCCUUGAACAGAUAUGUUCUCCAUUCAUUGUAAAACUAUACCGCACAUUCAAAGAUAGUAAGUAUGUGUACAUGCUACUGGAGGCUUGCCUUGGAGGGGAAUUGUGGAGCUUGCUGAGAGACAGGGGCAGCUUUGAUGAAGCCACUACCAAGUUCUGUGUUGGGUGUGUGACAGAGGCUUUUGACUAUCUACAUCACAUAGGAAUUAUCUACAGAGACUUGAAGCCAGAAAAUUUAAUUUUGGAUGCUGAAGGAUAUAUAAAACUGGUUGAUUUUGGAUUUGCAAAGAAGAUCGAAUCAGGGCAGAAAACCUGGACGUUUUGUGGAACCCCUGAGUAUGUUGCCCCUGAAGUCAUUCUGAGUAAAGGCCAUGACUUCAGUGUGGAUUUUUGGUCCCUUGGGAUUCUUGUUUAUGAACUCCUUACUGGCAGUCCACCAUUCUCUGGAGCUGAUCAAAUGAUGACAUAUAAUUUGAUUCUCAAAGGCAUUGAAAAGCUGGAUUUUCCUAAAAUUAUAACAAGGCGGCCUGAGGAUUUGAUCCGCAGACUCUGCAGGCAAAACCCUACAGAAAGAUUGGGAAGCCUGAGGAAUGGAAUUAAUGACAUCAAGAAGCACAGGUGGUUGAGUGGUUUAAACUGGGAUGGUCUGCAAGUGAGGAAAUUAACAUCGCCUUUAAAAAGAGAGUUGUCUGGACCAACUGAUUACAGCUACUUUGACAGCUAUCCACCUGAAGAGGGAACCCCCCCAGAUGAACUUUCAGGCUGGGACAAGGAUUUCUGAUAUUUUUUCUUCCUGGACAUUUAUAGAGACUCAUAGGCAUCAGUUCUAAACCUGCUCUCUUGUUUCUUGCUUAAAAUCAGAUUACACAAGGUUUGUGACAACCACAAUGUUCCUUGAAGGUCAGAAGACAGUACAGCAAUGAGAAUUUGGAUAAUUCACCAAAAUCUAUGUGCACCUCUUUAUAACAAGUGCAUGCAUUCAGUC